AUGAAAGGCGCUUUGCCACCCACAAUUGUUAUUGCCAUAUCUCAAAGCGAUGCAAUUUCCGGAAUCACAUUGACAAUCGGCUACCUUGCUGCGCUGAUUGCAGUCACAUCGCAAUGUCUAAUGCCACGUGCCAAAUUUAUGAAGAUCAUGUUUUUUAAUCUAAUCGCAGCCUGCGUAGCUGCCUCACUUUGUUGUUUGGUCAGUUAUUGUGCUGUUAAGGGUAGACAGAACAGUACACCUGCAGACGCUCUAGAGAGUGUUAAAUCUGGAUACAACAGCGAUGCUUGCGCUAUUUCUGCUGUAUUCCUGAUUGUCAUCAUAUGGGGCGCAAAUUCCCUUCGCGCCUGGCGACCUAUGGAAAUGCAGGAUCCGAUGGUUGUCUUUUCGAUUUUCUCUGUUGUCACGAUCACUAGGACUGGAACCUUCCUGACAGUAAGCCAAGGGUUGGAAUUCAUUGCAAGACUACUCAAAGGCUUUUUAAUCGGGUUUGCCGUCUCAACUGGCGUUUCAUUAUUGAUCCUCCCUAUUACUAGCAGAGACCACGUCUUUCAAGACCUCAGAGAAUCUGUCGCCCAGGUCGAAGUGAUACUUCAGUUACUAAUCUCCUUUGUUGGAGAAAGCUCGACGACGGAGCUGUGCACGGAUCAUGGUCUGUUAAGUCGACCACGAACAGCUCGAAGCACGCGCGAGAUAGGAAACGAGAACGAUUCCACCUCAUCGUCGGGCAUGGAGAUCGAGCAGAAGCAACUAAAAGAGUCGAUGGAUAAGCUGAACGCCCUGCACAGCAAGCUUCGAGAGGAUCUAUUUUAUGCCAAUGAUGAAAUUGCAUGGGGAAAGCUAUCUGCUGGGGAUAUCAGUACAAUAGCAGACAUGUUCCAAAACAUUAUGUUACCGCUCUCUGGAAUGGCGAUUUUACCGGAGACUCUUGAGAUGAUUGUGCAAAACAAACCUCUUUGCGAGAUCUGUACCAUGGCUAGAGGGUCAGAUAAUGAAACUACAAAACAGAUGGAAACGCGGAAAGUUGUGGAUACGCUACGCAAGAGUCUGAUGCACUCUACUAAUAUUAUCACAACCGGUCUCCAGUUCUUCCUGCUUGUAUUCGAAUUUAUCAAACCUGAGCGGUUGGACAAGCAGCGAAGGUCUCAGAAUAUGGGGUCGGAGGGAAGAGACGAGGAGUCAAAUGGAGAAUAUCUUGAUCCACUGCAGCCUGACUUUGCAGCUCGGUUUGAACGAGCUGUUCAUGAGUUCCAUUUCCGUCGCAAGCACAUCCUAGAGGCGUUAUCGUCAUUGGAAGCAUUCUCAGGAGCAGACAAGUUACCCGAUGAACUUGAGUCCUCAAGAAACCGCUCGAGCUUCAUCACAUCAGGUCCGGAUAUUCGGCAAGAAUUCUUCUUAGUCCUCUACGUUGGUCACCUGCAGGACAGCCUUCUUAACGCCACAAUUGAGCUUAUAACAUUCGCGAGCAGUAAUGUAUCGCAUGGGACAAAGAAACGAAACCGAUUAAUAUUCCCUAAGCAGAACAUCAUCCGAGGAUGGUUUUUUCUAGCUUCAGAAAGAAGACAGUCCGAUUCAGUUCGUAGACAGUCUUAUCACGUUGACCCAUCUUCGGUUCGCCAGGGUCAAGAAAUGGAACAUUUUCCGGACCCCGAACAUCUCCCACCAGCGAACGCCUGGGAAAAGGGAAGUAAUGUGCUCCGUUGGAUAUCACAUAAGGGUAGAUCUGAGUUCAGCAUGUUCGGCUUUCGCGUGGCUGCUGCUUCCUUCUCAGUCGCAAUUCUGGCCUUUUUGCAUCAAACGCAGACCUUUUUUAUCCGUCAACGGUGCAUCUGGGCCAUGAUUGUGAUUGUCAUCGGAAUGAGCCCGACGAGCGGACAGUCGAUGUUUGGAUUUAUAGCGCGAAUUGCGGCCACAGUUAUUUCAGUAGUACUCAGCAUUUUCGUUUGGUAUAUUGUCGAUGGGAAGACAAUAGGAGUGAUUAUCUUUCUUUAUCUCGCAAAUAUAUUCGAGUAUUAUUUCUACGUCAAGAAGCCACAGUUCUUUGGUCCGUCUGUGAUUGCCAUUGUUACUUUGAAUGUCAUAAUCGGAUAUGAGCUCCAGGUUCGAAAGCUAGGUCUUGAAGUUGCCACCUCGAACGGCCAGCCAUACUAUCCCAUUUACCUAUUUGCUCCUUAUAAACUAGCAGCUGUGGCAGCAGGAUGUGCCAUCUCCUUUUUCUGGGCCAUUUUCCCAUACCCCAUCACCGCCAAGUCGAAAGUAAGAAAGCUCCUUGGACGAAGUCUCUUUGUCCUUGCAAAGUUCUAUUCCGCCAUGCAUACUACCAUCGAGUUAUGGAUGAGCGACGAAUUAGGCGACAUCCAGAACCGUCAUUCACCGUCUUUUAAACUUCAAGCUGCUCGCCAUGAACUCUUCCAAGAAGAAAUGCUGCUUUUGAAUAGCCUUCGUGUGCACAGUCAUUUUACUACAUUCGAACCCGCAAUCGGUGGAAAGUUCCCGAAGCAGGUCUAUGAUAGCAUCAUCUUGGAGAUACAGAGGAUUCUCACCAACAUGUCCUUAAUGGCCCAUACAACGCAAAACCUUAAAGCUUUGCCCUUCGAAUCGGAGGGCGGCAAUUCUAUGAGCGAAGAUGACAAGUGGAUAUCACAGCUAGCGAGGAUCGCGUUAGAAUCUGCUGAUUUUAAGUCUCAUAGUACCACGUCACUACUGUGUCACCUCUCUGGUUCGAUCAUGAGUGGUGAACCGCUGCCUCCGUAUUUGUCCACAUUACAUUCAUUCCCUCUCGCACGACAACUGCAGGAGACCGAUAGCGAUUUGCUCAACAUCCGGCACGUGGAGGACCCUGCGUUCUCUGCUUUCGUUUCGUUGGAGGUAUUACGGUCGCAAAUCGGGUUCAGCUUGAAGAAUAUCCUAGAUCAUGUUAAAUCACUUGUUGGGGAGUUGACCUUUGACUUCCAUGUCAUGCAAACGCCAGAGUACUUGGAGUCGACUCAGUUAACAACAUCAAAUGGGAAUCUGGAUGAGGAUGGCCAAGAAUGAAGAUAUAUUUGUCUUCCUUAGCAGUAAAUAUUAGCUGAGGGAAAACGGAUCGGAGGGGUCUAUCUAGCCUAUUUGGUCUAUUUUGAAGGACGAAAGAGCUCUGGCUCUAAGAGGAUGGUGGCUUCUUGGUUGGAAGGCCCUACGGCCAUAAUUUUCUUCUACCUUGAUUUUCAUCGUCGGUU